GACAUUUGGUGUAAGGAUUAAAAAUGGCUGAGCUUAGGAUAGAAGCACCUCUAGCUAAAACAGAAGAUUAUUUUGAUUUUAGUGAGUUUCAGAGUUCUGAAGAUUUCGAAAAUUAUAACAAAAACUCUUUUUCAAGUCCAGAGACAAUUGAUAAUUCUUUUGCGGAAAACUUUAAAGAUACGUUUUCUGAAUCUCUUGAAGAUCUAGUCAAUACUUUCGACGACAAAAUCACGAAAUGCUUUUACAAUUAUGACGAAAAAGUUGAAAAGUAUGCCCCAGUUCAAGUAAGAACGCAGGAAGAAAUUAUGAAUGAAUGUCAGAUGUGGUGGACAAUUACAGGAAAUUAUGGAAAUAUUCUUCCUAUUGACUGGUCCAAGUCAUAUGCUCGCAAAAUUCAGCUUCCUGUUCUUAAUCUGAAUGAAAAGAAAGAUACUGAUUUUGAAAAUGAACUUGAUGUUUCUGAAGACGAAGAACUUGCUAAAGAUUUGGACAUGCAUUCCCUUAUUUAUAAUUCCAUGUGUCAGGAACCUAUUGUUACAGCAGAACAGGUUUUAGAGGAGAUUGAUGAAAUCAUGCAGCAAGAAAGCCCAUCUAAUGAAGGAACAUUUUCUGAUGAAUCUCCAGAGGAGCCUAAAGAAAGUAGCAAAGCAGCAAUUUCUUCCUUAAUAUCUGAUGGAAAACUGAAGACCCUCACCAUAUCGCAGUUAAAUGGGGUGUUACUUGAACUGGAAACUCUGAUUAAGAACCAUUCAGAAACCCUGGUCCAGCAGCUAGCUUUAAGAGAUGAGCUAGAAUUUGAAAAAGAACUCAAGAAUACUUUUAUCUCGUUUCUGCUGGGUAUUCAGAAUAAGAGACGCCAGUACCACAUGGACAAGAAGAAGGGUCGAACUGUUGGAAGCAAUGGCAUGGAGCCAAAGUACCUAACCACAGUCAUUCCAUACAAUGCUGAACAAGGACCACCAUCUAACAGGUCAUUGCAGGUUCUUAUCAAAAUCCUGCAAGCAAUCAAUGAUGACAGUCCAAUGGUACCAAUACUUUUGACAGACUACAUCCUGAAAGUUUUGUGUCCAACGUGAGAAUCUUUUCAUUGAAGGACACUCCAAAAGAAAAGAAGGGUGGACUAUUGUAUUAUGUUUUCCUCAGAAUGCUCUGUGUUGCUGUUGUAUUUGUUUGAGUGCUCAUUUUAAUUUAAAAAAAAAAAGACUUUAAUUUAAAACAAACGUUAUGAUUUAUUAUACUUCAUUAAUGAAGGCAUUCUUUAACAAAACUAAAUAUUUUCUUACAUUAUCUUGGACAUAUUGUUUAAUGUUUAUUCAACAAAUAGAACAGUUGUGUAGUCAUGGGUAAAAAUAUGCUCUUUACAGAAGUAAAAUCAUGUAAAAGAUUAACUGUAUACUGCGGUAAAUUGUACAACUUGGUACAUAUGUAAACAAAAAAAACAUAUUUUCUGAAAUUACAUGCUUUUGAAUUCUUUCACUUAAAAGAUAAAUAAUGUUUAUACUUAACAAAUUAAGGAAUAUAUGGUGAUACCUUUUUGUGUUUUAUAUAUUUGUGGAUUUUAAUAGGCAAAGGCAACUUUUUAAUUGUCCUGUUAGGUUUAUAAAUAAUAUUUUGAGUCUUAUUAGUGAUGUAAUAUAACCUGGUAAGGUAAAGCCAUUCAUACUGUGAAAUCUGUUAUUAGCGAGUUGUAAAAUAUAAAACAGAUUCUUCCAGCGUAAGCUUAACGAAUGUGCAGUGAGAGGCCAAUUCAAUUAGGAAUUGCAUUUAAAAAUACUGCAACUAAAGGUAACUUCCUCAAUAUAAACAUUUUUAAGUUUACUAAAAUGAAUAAGAACUACAAUGUUUCUAAAUCUAAUAGAAUUUGAAGAUGAGCUUCGAUAUUCAUCUACGAAAUUAGAUUUGAACAGCUCAUCUUAAAUGACCUAAAAUAUUAUGACUUGAGAAGUUCAUUAGCUUUCCAAGCUUAUUUGUCAAAAUGUGAUUUCUACAGAUUUUUAGUGACAUAAAUAAGUUUAUCUCUAGAUUAUGAAAUAAAGAUGAAAUUACAUAUAUACAAUAUGAUUAGGACUUAAUUUUGAAAAUGUGGAAUCCAAUACUAUGUAGAUUUAGGUCCAGAAGUUUAAAAACAAAAAUAAGUGGUACUUUUCCCUAUGACUACAACUGUCUGAAAUGUUUUUUGAGGUUUGAGAACUUGCUUUCUUCCAUAGUUGAGAUGAUCAAAGAAGGUAUUAUUUACAUUAUUUUUUAACAAAUGAAAACUAAAGGUAUUGUUAACAUCGUGUCAGAUUCUCAGGAACUUGUAUUUAUCUGCAAACUAUGAACAAUGAAAGUACGUUUUUUGGUUCGAGAUUUUUGUCUCAAUUGUUCUAUAUGUACAUAUAUAUAUUACUAUUUGUAGAAAGUAGUUUGAAGACUAUUUAUUUCAAGUAAAUGUUGUAAUGUCUCAUUUUUUUUUGUUAGAUCUACCCUUUAAGCUGCUGUCUUCAGUAUCUUGCAAGAAAAACACACAACUAAAUAAUACUCAUGCUCUUUUGUAAGUUUUAAUUUUUCCAUGCCAGGUUUUUCUGGAUGUUGAUACUAUGAUACUAACAUCGUGUAAGAAUAUAUGGUGAUACGUAGUAUGUUGUUUCUCUUUUUGAAUUUUUAGAGGCAGCUUUAAACAUGUUUUUAAUUAUUCAGUUAGGUUUAUAGUGUUUAGUAUUUAUGUUAUAAAUAUGUUGAGGCUCAUUAGUGAUAUAUGGAUUUGUGAUGAUUAUUUCUGAAGUGAGUAGUGACAAGCAAAUAAGCCACAGGACGAUUUAGUCUGGCUACUCAUGGUGAAUUUCCAAGUUGUAAUGCAACUUAAUAAUUGAUUUUGUUAUAAAA